ACUCUCAGCUUCUCUUGCACCGUGCCUGCCUGGAUCACCAUGCCUGCCUGGAUGCUGCCAUGUUCCCCCUUGAUGAUACUGGAUUGAACCUCUGAACUUGUAAGCUAGCCCCAGUUAAAUGUUGUCCAUUAUAAGACUUGACUUGGUCAGGAUGUCUGUUCACAGCAGUAAAACCCUAAGACAGUCAGCUUGGAGAGGAGUCUGAACCAGAACAGCUGAGUUGAACCAACCAGCCAGAGCUCAGAAAGAACAAGAAAGACUCAACUAAUUCAGCAGGAAAUUUCAGCGGCUGAAAACAUUGUAGGCCUAGGUAAGAUUGUAUGGAGGCUAGAAGCUUCCAGGACUAAGCCUAGGUUAGAGAUGUAGGCAGUAAGCCUUGGGAGAUCGUUACUACAGGAGAACAAGAGAUACUUUAACACAUAAACUAUCUCAUUUAAUCCUCCAAUGGCCCCGUGUUUUAACACCAUUUUAUGGACUAAGGAGCUGAGGCUUGGAGCUUAAGCCUACACAUCCUUUACAAGGUCAAGGUUGGGCUGGGGUUAGAAUCAAGGGCUUUACAUAGGGUCUGUGUCCGGGCUAGCAUACUGCAACAUCUUUCAGAGGUCGGAGGUGGCAGCAGUGCUACAGGUACCAUCAUCUCACUCUUGCUUUAUGUUGGUUUUCUUUUUCGAAACAGGCUCUCAUUCUGUAUCUCAGGACGGCCAUGAAAAAUCCUCUUGCCUAAGCCUCCUCAGGUGCUGGGAUAUUAAAGGUGUGAACACCAUGUCUGAACUCUAUAGUACUACUACCACCAUGUCCAAUGAUAGCAUCUCCCUCACGUCAAUCAGUGUGUGUAUGUGUGUGGCACAGCAUGUGAGUGGAGGUCAGAGGACAACCUGUAGUUUUUCUCCCUCCUAUAUCAAACUCAGGAAUCAAAUUCAGGUUCUGAGACUUGGUGGCAAGUGCCUAUACCCUACUCUCUCACUCUCUUUUAAAGAUUUAUUUAUGUAUAUGAAUACAGUGUAGCUGUACAGAUGGUUGUGAGCCUUCAUGUGGUUGUUGGGAAUUGAAUUUUUGCCCCGGCCCAAAGAUUUAUUUAUUAUCAUAAGUACACUGUAGCUGACUUCAGACACACCAGAAGAAGGCAUCAGAUCUCAUUACGAAUGUUUGUGAGCUACCGUGUGGUUGUUGGGAUUUGAACUUAGGACUUUCAGAAGAACAGUCAGUGCUCUUACCUGCUGAGCCAUCUUGCCACCGCCCCCCCAAACCAUCUCUUAUCCUUUUGGUUGUGAGCCUAUUUCUUACCAACUGAGCCAUCUCUUCAGCCUUGAUAAACCAUUUCUUUGGCCCUGGUAUCACCUUUCUGAUGAAGGAGGUAACCAUUAUGGAACAUUCAAGAAUAUGCUUGUCAGAGAUGGCUGUGGCACUCUCACCUGUAAUUUCAGAACAUGGGAGGCAGAAAAUGGAGGACUGCUGCAAAUUUUUGUCAGCCUAAGGUAGAGUGAGACUUUGUCUCAAAAACAAAACAAAAAUUACUCAGGAGUCUGAGGCAUCAGAGGACACAUGAUACGGUAAAAGGUGUUAAAGUGUUCUGGUGUCUUCCUCAAGAUGCUUUUUCUACAAUUUAAUUCUUUAACAACCAGCCACUUUGCUUUUGGUAGUUCCAAAGGCAAUGUUAGGAAAACACAACUUGAAUACAGAUCCUCAGGGACAAUCACAUAUAUAUGUAUUAUAGGCUCCAUAAUGAAGUACAAUCAAAGAGUCUGCAUAAGUUUAACCCAGAUUUCCCCAGUUUCUUUGUCAAAGCAACCUUUCCUCUUCCUUUGAUUCUUUUUUUUUUUUUUUUUUUGGUUUUUCGAGACAGGGUUUCUCUGUAUAGCCCUGGCUGUCACUUUGUAGACCAGGCUGGCCUCGAACUCAGAAAUCCGCCUGCCUCUGCCUCUCAAGUGCUGGGAUUAAAGGCCUGCGCCACCACGCCAGGCCCUUUGAUUCAUUAUUAACCUACAGAGAAAUCAGCACAACACACUGUGGAGAAAACUACAGCUAGUCUCGAGUAUGACCAGGGGAUGUGUGAUUCUCUGACUUUAACAUGAAUUUGGAAAACUUUUCCUUUAUUUCUCUAAAACCAAAAUCUGGUUCCAUCUAUGUUUAAGUUUUUCAUAGCUGAUGGGAACUGGAUUCUUAUACAGGACAUAGCAUCACUUGCCAUUCUCAAACAGGCUACUUCACAUGACCAAACACUGUUUACAUAAAUUGAUCCCUGAAACCAAGGUUAUAAAUGUUACAAAAAUUUUUCUGAGAAAAAUCUAUUUUCUUGCCUGUUAUUUUUAUUAUAUUUUUUUUGAGCCAGAGCUUCUUUGUGUAGUCCUGGAGCUAUAUAUAGUUAAGGCUGGCCUCAAACUCAAAGAUCUGUCUCUGCCUCUUGAGUGCUUGGCAUCAGAGGCAUGCGCCACUAGGCCUGGCUAGUAUAUUUUGAAUUAUAUGAUGCUUAAAAUAAGAAAGUCUCCAAUUUUUCUAAGUAGUUUCUAUUGGAACAGCUGUUAAGCCUAGAGUGAGCACACUUGGGUGGUAUGACUUUCCUUGACACCUAUAUGUAGUACGAUUUAUUUUGUGUGCCUGGCCCUUUAAAGGAUCCCCAAUGGCUAGUCAACUGACUCUUUGGAAAUGCUUAGCCGUUAGAACUGCUUGACCCUAUGACCUUUUGUGUCAGUUAACUCUUGGACUUCAGGAGACAGAGAGUAGGGUCCAAGAGUCAGAGGAGUAGGAAGAGAGAAGGGUCAGAGAGUAGGGUUAGAGAAGACAGUUGGUACAGAAGAAAGGAGACUGAGAAGGACUAGAGAGGAGAAGGCAGUUGGUGAAGAGAAUGAACAGUGAAAAGAAAGGCUGGUGAGCCAGGGAAGCUAAGCUGAGCCAGAAAAGAUCCUACUGUUAGGAAACAGAGGGAGAAUCCAUGAAGAACUCACACAAAAUAGCAGGAAAAAAAAGACAUAAAGCUUCAUUUAUAGAAAAUUAAAAUUGCUGGGCAGUGGUGGCAUUCGCCUUUAAUCCCAGCUCUCGGGAGGCAGAGGCAGGCGGAUCUCUAUGAGUUUCAGGACAGCCAGGGCUACACAGAGAAACCCUGUCUUGACCCCCCAUCUUCCCCCCCAAAAAGGUGAAACUAAAAAUUUCAUCUGUCUUCAAAUGGUUCCUUUAAAACUGCACUCAGGAAACAGGCAUCAGGGCAUAUGCCUAUACUGCCAGCUCCUAGGGCCUGGGACAAAAGGACUGAGAAUUUAGAACAAUCUUGGCUACAUAGUGAGACUCUCUGAAAACAGAUAAAGGUGAGUCUGUGUGCUUGGAAUGUAGUUCAGUUGGUAGACUGCUUGCCUAGCUUAUAAUUAAUCCUAGCUCUUGGAAAGCAGGAGCAGGAGGACCAGAAGUUUGACAGUAUCUUCAGCCAGUGGGAGAUCUAGGUUAGCCUCAGCUAUACAUUAGACCUUUUAUCAAAACAAAAAGCUGAAAAUGGGACCUGUGGUCUAGAAAGGGCACUGGGAAUCCUCUAGCUCUAGCACAAGGUUGGUGAAACUUGAAACGAUUAGAUAAUUGGCCCAGACAACUUGUUUGUGGACCAGCUGGAAGAACUCAGUUUCAACUGUCCAUUUCUCUUUCUCUUCUGGUCUCCUCUCCUAAUUUAUGACACUCUAGUGUUAUUUAAGGAGUUAUUUUUAGGCUGUGUAUAGUGGCUGCAUGCCUGUAAUCCCAGAACUCUGAAAGAGGUCGAAGGACCCACCACCUAAGGCCAGCCCAUGCUGCAUAGUCAGUUGCAGGCCAUAUUCUUUUCAGAUUUAUUUUUAAUUAUGUCUGUGUGUGCACAUGAACGCACUGUCCAUGGAAGCCUUACGGGUGUAGAUGUUUUGGAGCAAACCCAAGAACAGUGCCAAUCUUAACCACGGAGUCAUCUCUCCAGGCCCCUUUCUUUUGGUCUUAAGAUACCCAGGCUGGCAAUCUUGUUUCAUCUCAGUCUCCCAAGUUAUGGGAAUGUGGGUGUUAUUUUCUUGAUCUCACUAUAAUCAAAGAACUGUCUUUGUUUUCCCACUGUGCAGACUUGAGGAGCCACAGUGCACUCCUUUUGUUCAUCAUUUUCAUGCUUGAGACUGACUGCAUUCUGGGGGCUCCUCCUUGCCCCCUUUCCCUACCCUUUGCUCCUGACUUGCUCUUCCCCUCUUCCCUUCAAAACGUUCAUCUUUCCAAGCAGCCUGGGAUCUGGAAGAUGACUCCCAAUUUGAGUUUUUCUACUUGAGUUCUGAAGGAUGGAGAAUGUACAAAAAGGAAUUAUCAUCCUUUGCCCAUUUGGCAGGUCUCUGUCCAGUCAAUAUGUGGAAAAAUUAAUAAUAACAGAAUUCUACUUUGGAGUACUUGCCAACGCCUGGAAAAGUUCAAGCCGGCUGUGUAAAAGCUUGAAUGUUUCUCUUGUGAUUCCCUUGUAGUCCUUCAGACACGUUCAGACAUCUGGUCAAGGAAGCAUCAGAAGAAAACAAAAAGCUGAGUCGUUACUUUGAAGUCCGUGUCUUGGCUCGUGAAACUAGAAAUGAUGGAAGAACUGCAUAGCCUGGACCCACGAAGGCAGGAAUUACUAGAGGCCAGGUUCACUGGAGUUGGUGUAAGUAAGGGGCCACUCAACAGUGAGUCUUCCAACCAGAGUCUGUGCAGCGUGGGGUCGUUGAGUGAUAAAGAAGUAGAGACUCCUGAGAAAAAGCAGAAUGACCAGCGAAAUCGGAAAAGGAAAGCCGAGCCAUAUGACACUAGCCAAGGGAAAGGCACUCCUAGGGGACAUAAAAUUAGUGAUUACUUUGAGUUUGCUGGGGGAAGCGGGCCAGGAACCAGCCCUGGCAGAAGUGUUCCACCAGUUGCACGAUCCUCACCGCAACAUUCCUUAUCCAAUCCCUUACCGCGUCGAGCAGAACAGCCUCUGUAUGGUUUAGAUGGCAGUGCAGCAAAGGAGGCCUCAGAAGAGCAGUCUGCUCUGCCCACCCUCAUGUCAGUGAUGUUAGCAAAACCGCGACUUGACACAGAGCAGUUAGCGCCACGGGGAGCUGGCCUCUGCUUCACUUUCGUCUCUGCUCAACAAAACAGUCCUUCUUCUACGGGUUCUGGCAAUACAGAACAUUCUUGCAGCUCCCAAAAACAGAUCUCCAUCCAGCACAGACAGACCCAGUCUGACCUCACAAUAGAAAAAAUAUCUGCACUAGAAAACAGUAAGAACUCUGACUUAGAGAAGAAGGAAGGAAGAAUAGAUGAUUUAUUAAGAGCCAACUGUGAUUUGAGACGACAGAUAGAUGAACAGCAAAAGAUGCUAGAGAAAUACAAGGAACGAUUAAAUAGAUGUGUCACCAUGAGCAAGAAGCUCCUUAUAGAAAAGUCAAAACAAGAGAAGAUGGCGUGCAGAGAUAAGAGCAUGCAGGACCGAUUGCGAUUAGGCCACUUUACUACUGUCCGGCAUGGAGCCUCGUUUACUGAGCAGUGGACAGAUGGUUAUGCUUUCCAAAACCUCAUCAAGCAACAGGAAAGGAUAAAUUCACAGAGAGAAGAGAUAGAAAGGCAACGGAAAAUGUUAGCAAAACGGAAACCUCCUGCCAUGGGUCAGGCCCCUCCUGCAACCAAUGAGCAGAAACAACGGAAAAGCAAGACUAAUGGAGCUGAAAAUGAAACGUUAACGUUAGCCGAGUACCAUGAACAAGAGGAAAUCUUCAAACUUAGAUUAGGUCAUCUUAAGAAAGAGGAAGCAGAAAUCCAGGCAGAGCUGGAAAGGCUGGAAAGGGUUAGGAAUCUACACAUCAGGGAAUUAAAAAGGAUACAUAAUGAAGACAAUUCGCAGUUUAAAGACCAUCCAACACUAAAUGACAGAUAUUUGUUGUUACAUCUUUUGGGUAGAGGAGGUUUCAGUGAAGUUUACAAGGCAUUUGAUCUAACGGAGCAAAGAUAUGUAGCUGUGAAAAUUCACCAGUUAAAUAAAAACUGGAGAGAUGAGAAAAAGGAGAAUUACCACAAGCAUGCGUGUAGGGAAUACCGGAUUCACAAGGAGCUGGACCACCCCAGGAUAGUGAAGCUGUAUGAUUACUUUUCACUGGACACUGACUCGUUUUGUACAGUAUUAGAAUACUGUGAAGGGAAUGACCUGGACUUCUACCUAAAACAGCACAAAUUAAUGUCGGAGAAAGAAGCCCGAUCCAUUAUUAUGCAGAUUGUGAAUGCUUUAAAGUACUUAAAUGAAAUAAAACCUCCCAUCAUACACUAUGACCUCAAACCAGGUAAUAUCCUUUUAGUAAAUGGUACAGCAUGUGGAGAGAUAAAAAUUACAGAUUUUGGUCUUUCCAAGAUCAUGGAUGAUGAUAGCUACAAUUCAGUGGAUGGCAUGGAGCUGACGUCACAAGGAGCUGGUACUUAUUGGUAUUUACCACCAGAGUGUUUUGUGGUUGGGAAAGAGCCACCAAAGAUCUCAAAUAAAGUCGAUGUUUGGUCAGUGGGUGUGAUCUUCUACCAGUGUCUUUAUGGGAGGAAGCCUUUUGGCCAUAACCAGUCCCAGCAAGAUAUUCUACAAGAGAAUACUAUUCUUAAGGCUACUGAAGUACAGUUCCCGCCAAAGCCAGUAGUAACACCUGAAGCAAAGGCAUUUAUCAGGAGAUGUCUGGCCUAUCGAAAGGAAGAUCGCAUUGAUGUGCAGCAGCUGGCCUGUGACCCCUACUUGUUGCCUCACAUCCGAAAGUCAGUCUCCACAAGUAGCCCUGCAGGAGCUGCUAUUGCAUCAACCUCUGGGGCAUCCAAUAACAGUUCUUCGAAUUGAGACCAACUCCUAAGGCCACAAACUGUUGAGCACACACAGUGGACAUACGGCAUUCAGCAGUGGGUUUGGAACAUAGUGAAUCCGAAUGGAUCUCAUGAAACCUGUACCAGGUGCUUUUAUUUUCUUGCUUUUUUUCCCCAUCCAUAGAGCAUGACAGCAUCGAUUCUCACUGAGGAGAAGCCUUGGGCAGCUCUGGCCAGGCCUCAUAGGAAAAGGUCCCGCCCAAAGUUCCAGCGUCAACGGUCACCAUGGGUGGCUGCUCUGAGUGAGGAAAAAAAUUAAAAAGAGAAAACUGGUUCCAUGUACUGUGAACUUGGAAACAUGCAGACUCAGGGGGUUCCCUGACGGAGUGCUUCAGAGGAAGAAUGUGGACUUGAAAAUACAGACUGGGCUAGUCCAGUGUCUAUAUUUAAACUUGCUCUUUUCUUUUAAUAAAAUUUAGGUAACAUCUCCUGAAAAGCUGGUAGCACAAGGCUCGGCUGGGGAUGGUGUUUGACUUGGGAGGAAAAAGUUGCUACUGCCAUUAAAGGCACUAGAGUUAGUGUGCUAGCCCUGAAUAAUCUCAGUUUCUAAAAACAUGCAGCUUCCUUCACCCCUUUUUUAUUUUUGAAAGAAUACAUUUGGUCAUAAAGUGAAACCCGUAUUAGCGAGUACGUGGCAAUGUUCAUUCCGGUCAGAUGCAGCUUUCUCCUCCAUCUGGUCUCCCGCGUGAAUGCUUCCCUCGCCUCAGUAGGGAGAAACAGUGGGAGUUCUGAGAUGCCUGGGUUUUGCCAUCGGACAAAGAAUGAGGUUAGAAGACUGCAGUUUGGAGUCUCUCUGGGUUUUCAGAUACUUCUUCACAAUUUGAACACUUGACGGUUGUCCCUUUUAAUUUAUUUGAAGUGCUAUUUUUUUAAAUAAAGGUUCAUCUGUCCAUGCA